UUGGGAGAAAGAGAGAGAAGAGAGGUUUUGUGUGUUGAGUCAUCUUAUCACAUCAUCAUCUUCUAAUCUCAUUUCCCUUCUUCCCUUCCCAAUCGAGUCGAAAUGGCUGUUUCCGCCACCAAAUUCACACUCACCGGAACCCUACCUCGCCUCCCUUCUCAUCCACGACGACCAACUCGAACUCCUUCCAUCACAAUGGCCGUUUCCGUUGACCCCAAGACCAGCACCAAACUCAUUCUUCGCAAGUCUGAAGAAGCUUUCGCUGCUGCCAAGGAAUUGAUGCCCGGAGGUGUCAACUCACCUGUUCGUGCCUUCAAAUCUGUGGGUGGACAGCCAAUUCUUAUUGACUCAGUCAAAGGAUGUCGCAUGUGGGACAUUGAUGGCAAUGAGUACAUUGACUACGUUGGUUCUUGGGGGCCUGCAAUUAUUGGUCACGCUGAUGAUCAGGUGCUUGCAGCUCUCGGUGAAACAAUGAAGAAAGGAACCAGCUUUGGUGCACCUUGUCUGCUGGAAAACACAUUAGCAGAGAUGGUUAUCUCUGCAGUUCCGAGCAUUGAAAUGGUACGAUUUGUUAAUUCUGGCACUGAAGCUUGCAUGGGUGCGCUCCGACUUGCUCGUGCUUUCACUGGAAAUGAGAAGAUCAUCAAGUUUGAGGGCUGUUAUCAUGGCCAUGCUGAUCCUUUUCUAGUCAAGGCAGGUAGUGGGGUUGCUACCUUAGGACUUCCCGAUUCCCCUGGCGUUCCUAAAGCUGCCACUUUUGAGACCCUCACAGCCCCCUACAAUGACUUCUCAGCUGUUGAGGAGAUCUUUAAGGCAAACAAAGGAGAGAUAGCAGCACUUUUCCUCGAACCUGUUGUUGGAAACUCUGGUUUCAUUCCUCCUAAACCUGAAUUUCUCAGUUUCUUACGCAAAAUCACCAAAGAGAACAACACCCUGCUAGUCUUUGAUGAAGUUAUGACUGGAUUUCGUUUGUCAUAUGGAGGUGCUCAAGAAUAUUUUGGCAUAACUCCUGAUUUAACAACUCUAGGAAAGAUCAUCGGUGGGGGUCUGCCAGUAGGCGCUUACGGAGGGAGGAGGGAAAUUAUGCAGAUGGUGGCACCAGCAGGACCAAUGUACCAGGCUGGGACCUUGAGUGGUAACCCUUUGGCCAUGACUGCUGGCAUACAAACUCUGAAGCGUAUUAAGGAGCCAGGGACUUACCAAUACUUGGACAAAAUUACAGGUGAGCUUGUUCAAGGCAUCGUUGAAGCUGGUAAGAAGGCAGGCCAUGCAAUAUGUGGUGGGCAUAUAGGUGGUAUGUUUGGGUUUUUCUUCACAGAAGGACCUGUGCACAAUUUCACAGAUGCCAAAAAAAGUGAUGCGGACAAGUUUGUUAGGUUCUUCUGGGGAAUGUUAGAGGAAGGUGUGUAUUUGGCACCUUCACAAUUUGAGGCUGGCUUCACCAGCUUGGCACAUACUUCUGAUGACAUCAAAAAGACCAUAGCUGCUGCCGAGAAGGUUUUCAGGCAGAUUUGAUUUGAGUGUUAAAUUAAUUUUGUCUCUUGGCUAAUAGAGUUUUUGAAACGUGAGUUUUUUUAUUUUAUUUUUAGUUUUGUAGGUCAAUUUAGAUUAAUAUUAUUAUUGUUAUGGUAGUUUCUUUUAUUAUAACCUGUAUCACUUUCCCAUGAUGUAUCUACUUUGUAUUAUUGUAAGCUGUAUGCCACUUGAAUUUGAAGCUUGUAAACAUUUGAAUCCACUGUGACUCAUAAAUCUUGCAUCUUCAUGCUGUC